AUGAAGCCCGAGGAGAGCGAUAUCAUCGCUAUGAACACGUCCGCCGGUCCCAUCCUCCGCCGAAGCAUCUGGACCGUCCAGGCGCCCUUCCGCUGCUACCAGCGCCGAUGGGCGCAGGUGCAUGAUGUUCGCUUCCUUUCGCAAAACCAGUCGGACAAGGUCCUCGACAAGUACCGGGCAAAACUCGACCAGAAAGCGAAGGACAAGGGUUUGAAGGACGCCGAGGAGUUGAAGGAGGCGUAUGCGGAUAAGAUCCAGGAGUACAGGAAGAAGGCGAUUGUACCUGGAGCCAAUGCGCCGCUGAACGCGCAACCUCCGCCAGAGCCCCAGAGGGUGGACGAAAGUAUACCGUAUCAGACGCCUCCUCCGCCGGAGCCCAAGCAGGUUGCACCGCAGGUACCGAAGAGUAAGGAUGGAAUCAAGACGCUGAGCAGCUUUAUCGAUGUCGAGAAGACUGCGGAGCUACCACAAAAGGAGGUUGAGACGAUCUGGCGGUUACGGCAUGUCAAAGACCCGCAGAGUCUCUGUGCGGUGAUGAAGACGGAUACCUUCCGGAGGAUCACAGAGACGGCGCGGAAGCACCCACAAUUCAUCCUGCCUCUCCCACGGGAAGAGCAAGGGGCAGAGAUCCAUUUCCUGCAAUGGACUUUUCCUUCACCUACGACUGCGACCGUCCUCUUCACCCAUUUGGCGGAGUUCAAGUUACGAGGCGAGUUCGCACAGCCACAUACGACCGUAACACACCACAUGGACCUCGCCGACAACAACGGCCUAGUCCUGAUGGAAGGCCGCGUCAUGGAGAACCGCGGCAUCAGCGUCGACGAAGGCCGGUGGCUGCUGAUUUGCCUGCAGAAGUUCUACGGCUUUGAAGCGCACAGUGAAGGCGCAAAGCAGAAUGCUGGCAGGCGGAAGAAGUUGAUGGAGCAAUUCAGCGGUGGCGAUGAGAGCUUCAAGGUUGAGGAGUUGUUGGAGGAGGCCGAGAAGGUGCCGUGA